AUGAUUGGCUUAAGAAAAAGUGAUUGACAACGAAAGUGUAGUAUCUGACUGGCUGCAGUCGAAAACGAUUGACACAUGCUCCGCCCUUUAGCCACGCCCACUGAGGCUCUUUGGUCUGCCGCAUUACCUUUCACAAGCUCCUGAUUUUCUCCAGUGUUUCAUACAGAAAUAGCUCUCCACCGCCAGCCAAUCCCAGCGCAGAGGGCGGGAUGUGUCGGAAUACAGGUGGGAAAAAUGAGUGCAGCCUUGUCAUCAUUUAGCUACUAUAAAUGUAAUGGACCCGGACGAGUUGCUUCACACUUCCGAGAAAAGACGCCACUACGGACAGCGAUGAAAUUACAGUCUGAUCGGCCUCCAGCUCUCUCUCUUUCUCUCUCUCUCUCUUUCAAUUUCUCUCUCUCGGGGUUCAGAGGGAACAGGACUCACCUGGAUGAAGCUCCUCAGGGUGCAGGACUGAUCAUGAGGUUCUCCAGGGUUCUGAUCUCCCUGCAGAUCCUCCUCGGUCUGAUCUCAGGAACUGAGGGUCUGAUGUCUGAUUAUAAAACAUGUGGAGAUCCAGCCUGUGAACGUAUGAUGAGUCGGGUUCAGGCCCUGAAGGAUCAUCAGGCUCGGGACUGCAGGUUUCUGAGCUUCAGAAAGGGAGAUAUGAUCGAAGUUUAUCACAAACUGUGGGGAAAGAGGAGCGACCUGUGGGCCGGCAGCAUAGAUCAGCAGAUUGGAUAUUUUCCGAGAGAUGCGGUGAAGAUUGAUGAGGUGUUUGUUGAUGAGAAAAAUGAGAUAAAAACGGAAACUCAGCAAUACGACUUCUACUGCAUCGAUGAAUUUGGUUCUUUAUUCGAGAGUGAUUCCAGUGAAAUUGACGAUCUGGAUGAUCAAGGCAAUCAAGAUGAUCAAGAAGAACAAGGCGAUCAACAUGAUCAAGACUACCGUGAUGCUCGAGAAGAUCAAAGGGCCAACUCUGAACAAUUAGGUAACAGUGAUUUUGAUGAUCCAGUCUCAAAAUCAUCUCAAACUGAUUCCAAUAUCAAAAGAGAGGAGGACACUCAAGCUAAUCCUAAACAAGAUCAGGAGAAAUCGGAAAACAGCGGGUCCUCCUGGAUCGGUUCUGCUGUUACCGGCUGGUUUGGUGGUGGAGAAGUAAGCCAAGAAGAAAGCAAAGAAGAAAGCAAAGAAGAGAGCCAUGAUGAACCACAAGGAGAAGACGUAAAAGAAAAAGACGUCCAGGUUGAAGGAUCUUUUAAAAGCAGAAAACUGGCAUUGGACAUCGAUGGAAACCAACUGGGUGAUGAAAAACAAGCUGAGACUCUUGGCUGGAUUGGUGGUGAACUCACAAACGUUUUUGGAUUUGGGAAAAAGGCUUCAGAGGAUGACACCAAGGAUUCACCUGAGGAAAUAAUAGAAAAUAAAGAGAUUUUAGAUCCAGAUUCAAAUACAAAAGAGUCCAGUUCUUGGCUGGGAAUGGGAAUAAGAGAUGUUUUAGGCUUUGGAGGAGGAGAUGACCUUAAAAAACCUGAAGCUGAAGACAAAGAUGAAGGAAUAUUUUCAACCAUUCUUAAAGAUGAACCAAGUCAACCUUUGGACAGCAUUGAGGAUACAGAACAAGGUGACAAAAAUGUUCCAAAUAAAGCAGAACAACAAGAAACUUCAAGAUCUUAUGAGGAUAAUGUGGAUCAUCCUCCAGCUGAUGCGGACACUAAAACUGAGGAUUCAGGAUGGUACGGCAGCGUCUACAGCAGAAUUACCAAUCUUUACGGAGACGCUCAAGAUAAUACCAGUAAUAAUGAUGACAGUGUUAGUAAAGAUGGUGGAAGUGACAGUGUUUUAGAGCCAGAUGACUCAAAACUGACUCAAAACACACUUGAAACAGAAGGCCAAGAUACAGAAACAGGGCAACAGUCUCAGAUAUUUUCUGACAAACAACUUUCAACAGCGUUCGAUGAUCUAAAAUCUCAAUUUCCGUCAGACACGGCCGAGACAGAAGUUCAAAAAACUCAGGAGGACAAGCCUCCAGAGCAGACAGAUCCAGGUAAGGAAGCCUUUGUUGAGAAGAAGAUUGAUUAUGAUGAGGAAAACAAUAAAAACAAUGGUGGUGAUGAGAUUAAUCCAAGCUCCACAGGCGAUCUGAUCAGUGAAAAGCUUGAGAAACCCAUCUCUCCCUCAGUUGACGUAAGAGAUGAUGUACAAAUAAUAAAAGAGACAGAAAUGCCUGAACCAAAUGAGGUUGACGACGUCAUGCAGGCUGAGGUGAGAGUAGAAACAAGUUCAAAAGAUCAGACAAAGCAGAGCCAAACUGAUGGAGAAAAUGAAAAAGAUACAGAUAUUUAUGGUGGAAAAGUGUUGACAGAUGGUAGCAUAGACAAUAUGGCUGGUGUUGAUGACUCUGGCACUUUAAAACAGCCUGAAAGUCCAACUGAAAAGAGAUUACUCCAUAAAGAACCUCUGGAAACAGUUGAAACAGGUGAAGUACUAGUUGGUGAGGUUCUGAACACUGAAGCAAGUGUAGACAAUGCUCAAACAGAUCUCACCAUUGAUCAAAGUGACAACACCCAAUCAGUGCUUAAUAGUGGUAAGGCUGCGAUGUUAUCUGAUGAACCAGCCCUGAAUGAGUUGGUUGAAACUAAGAAUUUAACCGAAAAUAUUUUAAAUAUUCCCUCUGAUAGCGUGACAGUUAUGGACACAAAUGAGGAUGAUGUAGCACAAUUGAAAGAACAGAAAGAAGAUAAUAAUGCUGAUCUAAUAAGUGAUAACAAUCAAAAAACUAACAUAUUUAGCGGUUAUUUUGACUAUUUCAGUGCCCAAAAGGACACAAAACCUGAGUCAAAUUCAGACUCUACUUCUGAAUCAGCUGUAGAUGCUAAUAAACAUGAGCAAAUCCAGCAGGUUGAUCCCAAAACUAAGCAAUCUGACAGUAAAAGUUACAAAGAAACACAAUCUGAAGAAGAUUCAGCUUUUAACACAACAGACGAAGAAAGUGUAGAUGAUUUACUAAAGAGUGAGAAAGGACCUGAAUCCAUUCUGACCAGCCAAAGAUCAAAAACAGAGCAUGCACUGCAAAGUUCAGCCACUGAUAAAAGUUCAGAUAUUGCUGAAAGCUCAGAAAAAGCUAAAAGAGGAGAAAGCAAAGAGGAAUGGAAGCGUGAGAUUGUUCCAGAUGUUUCCAAACAGGAAUACAGUACAUCUGAGAAAGUAGCAGAUGCUACGGUAAUCCAGUCAAAAGAAAUUCAAGAUAAAAUCCCAUUAAAACAGAGCACUGAUACUGAAAAUCCCAGUGAUGCUAACACCGCUAAUGAAGAACUUAGCUCAGAUAGCACUGAAGACUUUACCACAGACAAAGAAAGCAAUAUUACCACAGAAAAUGAAAGUCAGAAAGAGUUUGAACAAGAAAAAAUUACUGAAAAUGCUAGUGAGGGAGCUAAAACUCUUACUGAAGAACGUACAGAACAUGCUAGCAAAACUGAAGAUGUUAAUACUAAUCACAUUGCCUCUAAGAUUAGCCUAGAUAGCACUAAAGACUUCACUACAGAUAAGACAAGUGAUAUUUUAUUAGAAAAUGAAAGCAAUGAAGCAACUGAGCAACUUACUGAAGAACAUACAGAUCAUGUUAGCAUAACUGAAGAUGCUAAUACUGAUCACGUUGCCUCUAAAAUUAGCCUACAUACCACUGAAGACUUCACUACAGAUAAGAAAAGUGAUAUUUUAUCAGAAAAUGUAAGCACUGAAGUAACUGAGCAAGACAAAAUGACUGAAAAUGCUAGUGAGGAAGCUAAAACACUUGAUGUCAAAUAUGGCGAUCCUGUUAGCAUAGCUAAAGAUGCUAAUACUGAUCACACUGACUCUGGCAUUAGCUUAGAUAGAACUAAAGACUUAAACACAGAUAAAGAAGGCAAUAUUACCUCAGAAAAUGAAAGUCAAAGAGAGUUUGAACAAGAAAAAACAACUGAAAAUGCUAGUGAGGAAGCUAAAACACUUGAUGUCAAAUAUGGCGAUCCUGUUAGCAUAGCUAAAGAUGCUAAUACUGAUCACACUGACUCUGGCAUUAGCUUAGAUAGUACUAAAGACUUCACCACAGAUAAAGAAAAUUAUAUUUCCUCAGAAAAUGAAAGUCAGAAAGAGUUUGAACAAGAAAUAACAAUUCUAAAUGUUAGUGAGAAAGCUAAAGCACUUCUUAAAGAACAUACAGAUCAUGUUAGCAUAACUGAAGAUGCUAAUACAAAUCAAAUUGCCUCUAAGAUUAGCCUAGAUAGCACUAAAUGUAUCGCCACAGAGAAGAAAAGUGAUAUUCUCUCAGAAAAUGAAAGCCAUGAAGAAACUGAGCAAGAAAAAACAACUGAUAAUGCUAGCGAAGAUGCUAAAACACUUGAUGUGAAACAUGGCGAUCCUCUUAGCAUAGCUGAAGAUGCUAAUACAGAUCAUAAUGCUGCCGAAAUUAAAUUAGAUGACACUAAAGACUUCACCACAGAUACGGAAAGUGAUAAUCUCUCAGAUAAUAAACAUCAUAAAGGAUCUAAACGAGAAGAAACUGUUAAAAAUGCUAGUGAAGAUGCUAACGCACUAGAUGAAGAACAUAGCAGUCAUGUUAGCAUAGCUGAAGAGCACACUGCUCUUGACGUUAGCUUAGAUAGCACUAAAGACUUUGCCAAAGAUGGGGAAAGUACUGUUCUUUCAGAAAUUAAACAUAAGAAUGGGUUUGAAAAAGGAGAAAAUUUUCUAAAUAUAAUGCCUGAUGGAGCUAAAGAUGCUAAUACAGAUCACACUGUCUCUGAGAUUGGACUAGGUAGCUCUAAAAACAUCCCCACAGCUGAGGAACAUGGUUUUAUCUCAGAAACUAAUCAUGAGAAAGAUUUUAAACAAGAAGAACCCAUCAAAAAUGUUAAUAACAAAGCUGAAAUGCUUGAUAAAGAACUUGGUGAUCAUGUUAACCUAGAUAAAAAUGUUGUUGCUACUCAUACUGCCUCUGACAUUAGCCUAGGUAGUACUGAAGACCUCAACACAGAAAAGAAAAGUGAUAUUCUCUCAGAAAAUGAAAUCAAGAAAGGGUUUGAUCAAGAAGAACCAGUUCAAAAUGCUAGUGAGGAUGCUAACACACUUGAUGGAAAACAUUUCAAUCCUGUUAGCAUAGCUCAAGAUGCUAAUAAAGACCAUAUUGUCUCAAACAUUAGCAAAGAUAGCACUUUAAACUUCACAACAGAUAAGGAAAGUGAAAGUCUGUCAGAAAAUGAACGUCAGAAAGGGUUUAAACAGGAAGAACCUGUUAAAAAUGCUAGUGAGGAUGCUAACACACUUGAUGGCGAAUAUUUCGAUCCUGUUAGCAUAGAUCAAGAUAGUACAGACCAUAUUGUCUCAAACAUUAGCACUGUAGACUUCACCUCUGAUAAGGAAAGUGAACGUCUGUCAGAAAAUGAAAGUCAGAAAGGGUUUGAACAAGAAGAACCUAUUCCAAAUAUUACUGAGGAUGCUAACGCUCUUGUUCGUGAAGAUGGAAUUGAACUUACAGUGGAGACUCGCACAUCAAAUACGAUAAAUGAAGAUAAAAAUUAUAAAAGCCUCAUAUCAGAUGAUCUAAAAGCUAAUAAUGGAGAUAAUCUGAAUGUUGUGGACCAGGAACGGCAUGAAGAUCUCCACACAUCAACAAAAUCUGAGGAAAAAUUGGAACAAAUCUAUGAUACACAUAUUAAACCCACUUCAGAUUCUCAACUAUCAAUAUCAAUACGCAAACACUACCCCAACCUACGAGCUCAACUCAGUGAGGAGAAUAUAAAGGAUCUUUUGGGUGUCUUUGGUGGACACAAGUUAUCAUGGCUGGACAAAACCCUGGGACGAGCUGAAAACCUUCACCUGGAAGGCCAAAGGGAAAAUAUUGAAGAUCUUUCUAAGCUGGAUGACUUUGAGGUGGAAUAUUAUCUAAAAAUACGAGCCAAUCAUGGAGAAGACGAUGAGACGUUUGCUAAAGUAGAUGCCCUUUUGUCCUCUCUAAGAAAGACGCUUAUGCCUGUGGUAACAGAAGGCAGUGUAGAUAAAGUCCCAGAUCUUAGUCAAAACCAGCCUGGAGAUAAAGGUAGUUUCAUUCCCAAAAAUCAGGAAGCACCAAUAUCUGAUCCAGAGCCUGAGAAAGAUGAUAAAACUGAAUUCAGCCUCAGUACGGACGACACGGACAGCCUGAAUUCUGUCCCUGAAGAACAGAUCAAGUCAGGAGACGUAGCUGAACAGAGCCCUAUUGUGGAGAACUUCCCAACGCUGGAUGGAGAUUCAACAAAGUCUGAUAAAACUGGAUUUAACUCUCAGGAACAUUCUGGCACUGAGGAGUUUGUGGAGCCUAAACAGAUGCUAAGUGCAGAAGAUCUGUACCGGUAUGCAGCUUUUGUGGGUGAAGGCACUUCCUACACCUUUACCUACGUCAUACAGAAGAGUGCACACCUGAGAGAUGUCAUGUAUGAGGAUUUAACGAUGGCGGAGGAGUUUAAGGGCGAGUCUGCUGCCCCCGAGGCGAGUGAUAUCGCGGGAACGGCGAGGAUUUACUACAGUCUGGCGCUGGAGAAGAUUAGAGAUGUCGUGCAGUCACUUCCUGAUGAUAUCCGGCCGGGUCCUGACCUUUACGGCCUGCCCUGGGAGGUGGUUUUGGUCACCAGUGUGUUGGGUCUCUUCACUGUACUUCUGUUUAGCUGCAGGUUCAUCCAGUCUAUUAAAAGCAGACUUUAUGCGAGUAAAGAGAGGAGAAUGGGACAAAAAGUGGCCGAGCUUCUGGAGGAGAAGUGUAAAGUACUGGAGACACUCAGCGAGUGCCAACACAAGUUUAAGAAACUGGAAACUGCACUGCAGAAUGGAGGAGUCGCAGCUCAGGCCUCAGAAAAAGAAAAUCUCGAGGUGAUGUCUAAGAAACUGGAUCAGUCGAAUGCUGAGAUGAGGAGUGAUAUAGAGAGGCUGCAGGAGGAGCUGGAGAUCCAGAGCAAGUUCAGGAAACAGCAGGAAGAGCAGCUUGCAGAACUGGAAAAUACGUUAAAAAACCUGGAGGAGGACGCUAAAGAACGCAAAGUACAGUUAGAACAGGAUAAGACCACUCUAAAGAUCCAUGAAAUGAACACAGAGAGACUGCAGAAGAAACUUGUGGAGGCCAGAGAGGAGAACACCAUGCUGCUGGAGAGUAAAGCUCAGUUGGUGCAGGAGGCUGAGGGCUGGGGCGAGAGGCUCAGUGAGUUGGAGGAGGAGAAGAGGAUGUGUGAGAGAUCACACGCCGGCAUGGUGGAGGACUGCACUAAUAAAGAUGAACGCAUCAAGUCGUUAACAGACUGUCUGUUAAAGAUGAAGGACUGGGAUUCGGAGGAGGAGGAGGGCGGUGUGGACGGCAGCAGUGCUGCUACCGGAUCAGAGAAUGGAGAUGCUUCAGAUGUUCAGCAGAAGCAGAAACUUCAGAAGCUCAUCCAUGCAGCUAAGAUGAGUGCAGAUCUGAAGGCUAUAGAGGAGGAUAAAGGUCGAGUGUUUGCCAAACUUUCAGAUGAACUUAAAGCCAAAGAAGAUCUCCAAGAGGGGAUCCAGCAGCUCCAGCAGGAGAAAGAGUCUCUGGAGUCCGACAGCUCCACAUUCACCACGGAAAUCCAGAAGCUGCAGCAGAAACUGCAGAUCAUGACCGAGAUGUACCAGGAGAACGAGCUCAAACUGCACAGGAUGUUAACGGUGGAGGAGAAGGAACGGCUGCAGAAAGAGGAGAAACUCAACAAGGCUGGGAAAAAGAUUAACAUGGCUGCAGAGGAGUUAAACACGUACAGGCUGAGAGCUAACGAUCUGGAGGAGGAGCUGGACCGGACCAGCCAGGCCUACAGAAACCAGAUUGCUUCACAUGAGAAGAAGGCUCAUGAUAACUGGCUGGCAGCACGAGCUGCAGACCGAGACCUCAGCGAUGUGAAGAGAGAGAACUCUGUACUCCGACAGAGACUGACGGACUACCAGUUUAAACUGGAGCUUAUGGAGAAAGAGCCAUACGCACGGGAAGCUCCGGGCAGGCCGGUGUUCAGAGGUGAGAGAUCUCCAUAUGGACCGUCUCCACUCGGGCGUCCGGCUUCAGAAACACGUGCCUUCUUAUCCCCUCCCACACUGAUGGACGGACCUCCACGGAUCUCCCCGCAGUUUCCCAUGAUGCCCGGUGGCAGAGUGUCUCGUGGAGUGGUGGAGCCCCCUGCUGGUGGUUUAGAGGGUGAUAGGAGUGGGCCGCACUCAGACAGCGGCUCUGCAUCUCCCAGCUGGGAGAAAGAGCGCAGGGGCCCCGGGCCCCUCCCAGGUCCCCCUCCUCCAGACCCAGGCAUGCUUUACAGGAGACCCCCACCCGGACCCUUUCCCAUGGGCCCACCGCCCCCACGGCCGCCCCCUCCUGAUGCCUACUAUGGAGAAAAGCCUGAUUUUCUGGGAAACAGCUCGGGACCCGGGGAGAACGAUAGCCGAGACAGCCUGCGCUCGAUGCACGGGGACAUGAGGGUUCCUCCUGAUGCUGAUAUGAGGAUGGGUCCUCCUCCAGGACCUCCAAUGGGCCUGCCCCCUCCAAUGGACCCCAGAGACCCCCACUUUCCCCGAAGAAUGCCAUACGGACCCCCUGACUACUUCCCUCCUCGGGGGCCUGGGUUUCCUCCAAUGGGCAUGCGAGGACCACCUCCUCCUGGGAUGUUCCCCAGACCUCCACUGCCUCACCCCAUGGCGUACCCACCAAUGAGACCUCCACCCGACGGCUUUAUACCCGGACCCCCUCUCAGACCCCCACCACCCGACAGCUUUCAGCCCGGACCUCCGCCCAGACCCUCACCCCCGGGCAGCGAGCAGCCGCCGGAGCAGCCUCCCUCUCCCCACCACGUCAUCUGAGCCAGAGCUGCACGAGAGGACUGAUUUAAUAUUACGAUACUUGAAGACGAUGUCCUGAUAUUCAACGUACGCAUUUAGCAUAUUCAGCUCUGAUGAUAUUCAGAUAAUAUUGCUGAAAUAAACUGGACUGUGGCUGGAUUUAAAGAGAAAAUUAAAUAUAUACAUAAUUUCACACUGAAAUUUCUGCACUUUUUAGUGAUUUCCCUGCUUCCAGCUCACCUGAUCCAACAAAUCAGCUCAUUUAAAGCCCUUUAUCGAGUUGUGUUUGGAAGUUGGUUUGUUUUGCUGCUUUUCUUUUACAUCAGAAGAAGUCAGUUUACACUGUUUCAAAGUUACACUGUUUCGAAAUAAAACGUAAAGUAAGAACUUUAAGAUGACCUUAAAUGGUUUGAACAAUAUUUUCCAGCGAUUUUCAGCAAAUCCAACUUAAAUAUAAGUUUCAAGGUCCCAGGUUAGCAUUAUAGCACUUGUUAGCCCUGUCUCCAGAUAGCAUUGUUAGCAAUUGUUAGCCUAGUCUUAGGAUAGCAUUAAUAACCUUAUCCCAGGCUAGCAUUGUUAGCAAUUUUAAGUCUUGUCCCAGGUUAAAAUGGUUAGCUAUUGUUAGCCGUGUACCAGGUUAGCAUUGUUAGCAAUUGUUAGCAUGGUCUCAGGUAAGCAAUGUUAGCAGUUGUUAGCCUUGCCCCAGGUUAGCAUUGUUAGCCAUGUCUCAGGAUAGCAUUGUUAGCAAUGGUUAGCCCUGUCUCAGGUUAGCAUUAUUAGCAAUUGUUAGUCUUGUCCCAGGUUAGCAUUAAUAACCUUGUCCUAGGAUUGCUUUGUUAGCAAUUGUUAGCCCUGUCCCAGGUUAGCAUUGUUAGUACGGAUGUAAACAAAUACAUUUAUCUUAAUAUAUCGCAAUUCUUUUGUAAUAUUGUUUCGAUUUUCAAAAACAGAAUUGAUAAUUAUUGUAAUUAUUAGUUUAGAUAUAAAGAUUGGUGUCAGAAUUGGAUUAUCUUCUUGGAUUCUGAACUCGUUCAGGGUUUGUAAAGCUCUCCCGACUAAAACUUCACUUUUGAAAAAAUCUGACAUCUGAGUUAAAAUGGAACGCAGCAUUAGAAAACGGAAAUCACUACAAUGUGCAGGACUGAGAAACGAAAGAACACUGCCUUAAAGUGUAAUUAAUUACAAUUUAUUUAUUUACACCAGUCAAGCAUAACAUUAUGACCACCUCCUUGUUUUUACACCAAUUAUUUAUAUAUACACUGAUCCUAUAGGACCCUUUGUAGUUCUUUGUAUUGUUGAGAAGGAUAAUGGGUGUAGAAACAAAGUUAUUUAACGUUAAUAAAAGAAGUAAUGGCACAGAUUAUUUGCGUACGAAGUAUUAAAGAUAGUUGGGAUGUGCUCAUCCAUCACCUGAGCUCUCUGUCUGCACAUUCUGUGUGCCACUUCCUGUUGUUUACCCGAGGGCCACUUCCUCUGAUGUGUAACCUUUCUGGUCACAUGACCGUCUUUCUUCUUGAUUUUUUUUUCCUCGUUUACUGUCUCAUUUCAGCGGAGAGAGAGACGAGCUGGUUACGAAAUGAAGAGGAAGAAGAGCUUAAGCACAGAUCAGAACAAAACUGCAGAUAAUAUAAUCAAAAUCUUAUUUAAAAAUCACAAAAACUACAGAAUAAGAGUCUCAGACCUUUACCCAGACAGAGUAGCAUCAGGAUGAUUAACUGAAGUGCUUGUGUUGAUCAGUGAUAUUUAAUAAAGUGCUUUUUUAUAAAAUAAAAAGGUAAAAUAAAUAAAUAUAUAGGAGAGAGAGAGAGAGGUUGGUUGUAUAUACAGGAAUUGUAUUGAUAUUAUAUUGUGAAUAAAGUGAUGUAUAUACACAGGCCUUCACCAACACCACUCUCUUUAACUGUUGAAAGUCUUAUAUAUAUAUAUAUAAAAAGAGAAUAAAUGAGAGAAAAUGUGAUUCUGCUUAAUCGUCCAUGUGUUUUGUGUAUUUAUAGAUUAUUUUGUGAAGUGUCUGCCUUGAGGAUGUAUUUCAAAUGGCCAAAAUGUAAAAAACUUUAAUAAUAAACUAAUUUUAAAGAG